AUGCAUGCCUCUUCUGUGAGAGGAGGAGCAGAGAAGAAAGGAGCAGAUUUGACACAUCAAAGAGAAAGACCAGACUCAGAGGAACCAGAGCCAGGGACGUCCAAACCAGCAAGACGACACCAGUGCUCCCACUGUGGAAAGGGUUGUAACCGGUUAUGGGACGUGAAACAACAUGAGAAAAUACACACAGGGGAGAAGACUUACCACUGCUCCCAGUGUGGAAAGAGUUUUAACCAGAAAGCACACCUGAAAGCUCAUGAGAGAAUACACACAGGGGAGAAGCCUUACCACUGCUCCCAGUGUGGAAAGUGUUUCAACCGGCCAGGGCAUCUGAAACUGCACGAGAGAAUACACACAGGGGAGAAGCCUUAUCACUGCUCCCGGUGUGGAAAUAGUUUUAACGAUUUAGGGAAACUGAAACGACAUGAGAGAAUACACACAUGGAAGAAGCCUUAUCACUGCUCCCAGUGUGGAAAGAGUUUUAUUGGUUUAGGGAAACUGAAACGACAUGAGAGAAUACACACAGGGGAGAAGCCUUACCACUGCUCCCAGUGUGGAAAGGGUUUUAAUGAGAAAUCAAACCUGAAAGUUCACGAGAGAAUACACACAGGGGAGAAGCCUUGCCACUGCUCCCAGUGUGGAAAGAGUUUUAACAAUUUAGGGAACCUAAAACAACAUGAGAGAAUACACACAGGGGAGAGGCCUUACCACUGCUCCCAGUGUGGAAAGUGUUUCAACCGGCCAGGGCAUCUGAAACUGCACGAGAGAAUACACACAGGGGAGAAGCCUUAUCACUGCUCCCGGUGUGGAAAUAGUUUUAACGAUUUAGGGAAACUGAAACGACAUGAGAGAAUACACACAGGGAAGAAGCCUUAUCACUGCUCCCAGUGUGGAAAGAGUUUUAUCGGUUUAGGGAAACUGAAACGACAUGAGAGAAUACACACAGGGGAGAAGCCUUACCACUGCUCCCAGUGUGGAAAGGGUUUUAAUGAGAAAUCAAACCUGAAAGUUCACGAGAGAAUACACACAGGGGAGAAGCCUUACCACUGCUCCCAGUGUGGAAAGAGUUUUAACAAUUUAGGGACGGACCUGAAACAACAUGAGAAAAUGCACACAGGGGAGAAGCCUUACCACUGUUCCCAAUGUGGAAAGUGUUUCGUCUGUUCGGGGGAGCUGAAACAACAUGAGAGAAUACACACAGGAGAGAAGCCUUACCACUGCUCCCAAUGUGGAAAGAGUUUCAACCAGAAAGCAAACCUGAAAGCUCAUGAGAGAAUACACACAGGAGAGAAGCCUUACCACUGCUCCCAAUGUGGAAGGUGUUUCAACCAGUCGUGGGCGCUGAAACAACACGAGAGAAUACACACAGGAGAGAAGCCUUACCACUGUUCCCAAUGUGGAAAGUGUUUCGUCUGUUCGGGGGAGCUGAAACAACAUGAGAGAAUACACACAGGAGAGAAGCCUUACCACUGCUCCCAAUGUGGAAAGAGUUUCAACCAGAAAGCAAACCUGAAAGCUCAUGAGAGAAUACACACAGGAGAGAAGCCUUACCACUGCUCCCAAUGUGGAAGGUGUUUCAACCAGUCGUGGGCGCUGAAACAACACGAGAGAAUACACACAGGAGAGAAGCCUUACCACUGCUCCCAAUGUGGAAAGUGUUUCAACCAGUCGAGGGAGCUGAAACAACAUGAGAGAAUACACACAGGAGAGAAGCCUUACCACUGCUCCCAAUGUGGAAAGUGUUUCAACCAGAGAGUAAACCUGGAAGCUCAUGAGAGAAUACACACAGGAGAGAAGCCUUACCACUGCUCCCAGUGUGGAAAGAGUUUCAACCGGAAAGCAAACCUGAAAGCUCAUGAGAGAAUACACACAGGAGAGAAGCCUUACCACUGCUCCCAAUGUGGAAAGUGUUUCAACCAGUCGGGGGAGCUGAAACAUCAUGAGAGAAUACACACAGGAGAGAAGCCUUACCACUGCUCCCAAUGUGGAAAGUGUCUCAACCGGUCGGGGGAGCUGAAAGAACAUGCGAGAAUACACACAGAGAGAAGCCUUACCACUGCUCCCAAUGUGGAAAGUGUUUCAUCCAUUCAGGGGAUCUGA